CUUCCAGAUAGUCCUAGCAAAAUUCUUGCUUGAGAAAUUGCUCUUUGGUAAGAAGCUAUUUUUUUUUACAUGGAACCUGGAAACUAAACACUGUGGGCAACAGUAAGCAUCUGCCUCUGAUUCCAAAGGUUACAAGUCUGAAACCAGCAAUAGAAAGUUGUUUUAGAUUUUGAAUUCGGGGGGAAAUGCCUAACCUUAAGAUUUCGGCGUUAAUGCCUCAACUUAACCUUAAACACUUUGAAAUGUGAUGUUUGAUAAACAUGAUGAAUGUCUAAUUCUGACGUGAGACUGUGAGAGAUUGUUGGUAGUGGCUUCCGAACAGCGCCCGUCUGCUACCCAGUCAUUUUAGAACAGUCAUCCCAUUUUAAGGCUACACUGCCAUCUAGUGGCAAAAAAACUGUCAAACCUAAAAUAACAAAACAUUGUAUAAUUUACAAAGAAAGGACUGGAUAACACAAUUUACUCUUACAUUCACUGUACUUUGUUAGACUUUACAUUCAACAUAAAAUCAGAUAAAAUAGCAUGUGUGAUUUUUGCACUCGGCCUACAUUUCCCAUGACCAGAGGGCUGUCUGUGCGCGCAGAUUCUUUGCACAGCUCCUGCGCGUUCAAUUUCACUGAUCUGUAAACAACUGGGAUGGGACCAACACGUGCUAUGUGGUCUGUACUUAUAUGGUUGGGUGAUGAUGCUGCGAACGUGUGCAUCUGCUGAACAGUAUGUUGCUUAUGCAUUUAACCUUGGUUUUAUUUUGGCUUAAAGGAGACGCAACAAAGUGGUAACGCGACAUGGCCCGUGCAAAUAGUUAGGUUUACUAUAGCUUUAAGAAUGCAAAAAUAGUGUCUGGUUCUUUAAAAAUGGAUAUUGGUUUAUUAUUAUAGUAGGAAUUAAGGAAAGUUUUUAUUAUUGAUCAAUAACGCUUAUAAUUUGCGGACUAGGCCCGAAUUCUGUGAAUUAUGUCACAGUCGGAUUACGGCCUUUAGCUAGCAAUCCAAGCGUUUUGAUCGAUGUGAUAUCAAAUGUAAUCAUUUGUUUACUGUCAGUACAGUAUCAGAGAAAGUAAUAAAUACGUUCCGGGAAAAAAGGUUAAGAACCGGGAACACGCGGUGAUGGAGCCGCAAAUCACCCAAAUAGGCGAAAACAAUAAAAGGGAUGAGCCCGAGGAUGACAAGGCCACGGUACAAUCCCCAGCCUCGAGUGCAGCGGUCACCCCGCGCAGGACUUCGAGAGGCCGAGGAGUUGGCCGGAAGAAGGGGGUUUCUCCUUCGCCGUGUACGAAUGGAGCAACACCAGGCACUCCGAGUUCUGGACGAGUGUUACGGGACCGGUCUACACGAACACUACCAGCUUGGUUGCAGAGCGAGAAGAGUGACCAUGCAGAAGAAUCAAGCGCUGACAAAGCCGUAAACCGCCGGAGGAAGGCUGCUUGUCCACGAUCCAGGAAAAAUGCCUCCUCCGCAGCUUCAACAGAGAGUACCGGAGAGGUCGGGGAUGACCGUAGUCAAGCUCAUGACUCAGGGCACCCAAGGAAACCCACCGAUGUUCAAGUCCACCCUCACUCACAGAAUGCUCAGACGAGUGCCAAGGCCCCUUCUGCCCGGGGUACCAGGGGGUCCGCCAAGCCUGUGUGCAAGAGUGAGCCUGGCACCGACAACCCAACCGUGGAGGUGGAAGCAAAGGUAGUUGCAAAGAAGACAGUUAGGAUUGAGAAAAAAGAGGAGAAUGAGGAAGAUGUUCUCUUGGGAGGAGAAGAUGAGUCUCCUUUCCAAGAUGACCCUAAAGACUUCAGCUUCCAGCCACAGUCUCAGAGUGGGGAAAUCAGCAGUGAUGAUGACAUUCCCUUCAGAGAUGACCUCAACGACCAGAGCUACAACCCGGAGGCUGAGACUACUAGGGAUGCCCCCAAACCACGGCGCAAACCCCCUCCGAGACAGAAAGAGAAAAAAGAGAAGGAGCCAGGAAUCAAGAUAGAGGGCACAGACGUGAAGCUGGAGAACGAGUUCGGAGAGGGGGAUUUGCCCAGAAAGAGAGGCAGGCGAAGGAAAGAUGAUAAAAGUCCCCGGCUCCCGAAAAGAAGGAAGAAGCCACCGGUGCAGUACGUGCGCUGUGAGAUGGAGGGGUGUGGAACAGUCCUGGCUCACCCUCGCUACCUGCAGCACCAUAUUAAGUACCAGCACCUUUUGAAGAAGAAGUUUGUAUGUCCUCACCCAUCCUGCGGAAGACUCUUCAGGCUGCAGAAACAGCUACUUCGCCAUGCCAAGCACCACACCGACCAGAGGGACUACAUCUGCGAGUUCUGCGCCCGCGCCUUCAAGAGCUCCCACAACCUGGCUGUGCACCGCAUGAUCCACACCGGAGAGAAACCACUGCAAUGUGAGAUCUGUGGCUUCACCUGCCGCCAGAAGGCCUCCCUCAACUGGCACAUGAAGAAGCACGACGCGGAUGCCACCUACCAGUUCUCCUGCUCCAUCUGCAACAAGAAGUUUGAGAAGAAGGACAGCGUGGUCGCCCACAAGGCCAAGAGCCACCCGGAGGUGCUCAUCGCAGAGGCCCUGGCGGCCAACGCAGGGGCCCUCAUCACUACCCCUGCCUCCCUGCUGGAGGCCUCGGGAGUGGGUUGUGUCGGGAACCAGGGGGAGCUGGUACGACUGGAGCCCGCCAAGCAGGUGACCCAAGUGGGUGAACAAAUGACCCACAUGGGGCAACAGGUAGCUCAGAUGGGUCAGAUGAGCCACCAGGUGGUAGUAGUGAGUCAGGACCAGGGCCUCCACGCCAUGCAGAUGCCCCUGACCAUCGCCCUGUCCCCCAUCGACCCCCCGUCGCCCUCCGACACCCAGCAGCAGCAGACCCACCACACCCUCCAGCUCCAGAUGCCCCUUCAUUUUGUUCAGCAGGUGGCGGCCACUUCCCCACAGCAGCAGCAGUCGCAGCAGCAGCAGGCCCAGAUGCAGCAACUGGCCCUUCAUUCCGGCUCGGUAGUGACCCAGCAGCAUCAGCCCCAGCAGCUCCAGCAAAUGACCCUGCAGUCUUAUCAGCAGCAGAAUCAGCAGCCACAGAUUCUCCACAUGACCUUCCAGACCGUCGACGGGUCGCAGACACAUCUCCAGCAGAUCCCCUUGUUAGCCACCCCCCAGCAACUCCAAACCCUCCAGAGUAGCUCCCAUAUUUCUACCGCCAACCUCCCUCUCUUGGCCCAGGUCCAACUUCAACCUCCGCCCCAAACCCAGGACAUCCAGCUUCAGGACCCAACCACUGUGGGUUGUAGCGAAAGCUACGCUCUGGACGAUUCUGUUCUCUCUGCCUCCUCUCCUUCCGCUAACACCCUUCAACAGUGUGAGACUGUAGGGGAGGGAGAGGUCGUUUGGGAAGGGGGCGGAGAGGGGGACGGAGUGGUGGAGGGGGAUGUCUUGACCGAUGCCACAGAAGUGCACAUGCAACAUGUACUUAUCUAGAGUAGUCGGUGGGGGGGGGGGGGCUAGCCUGGAAAUUCAAACUGAAUUCAGCUGUUUCACUUUAUGAUCACUAAUUAGGAAAGUGAAACAACAUAAGGUGAUUCAGUCUGGAUUUCGAGGUUAGGGGAAACUGGGAAAGACAGUAAAAAAAUGAGAGGUCUAGCGAUGUCCCUCCUAAUGUAUUGUGGCACCAUUUGAAAUAUAUAGGAUCACAGAUAUGUAUUUAUAGUCACUUUUGGUAGCUUUUUAGAUCUACCCGCAUCAGGGCAGUUGUGUGAGUUGUUGCCUUUGUACAUAAAGUGAUGUAGCCAUCUAUACCCAUCAA